AUGAGUGCGUGGAUUUCGAGCUUCAUAUUUGUGGGAAUAGCCGUGCAGCUCGCCUGCUUAAAGCUCGGGUGGGCGCCCUGGAGGGGCACGGAUUUGAAUGACGAGGCGCUCUUUCUGCUCAUCAACCAGUCGGUGCGAACGGCAUCAGGAAUCGCCAUUGUGUGGCUUGUCGCGCGCCCCUUUCAACCACUCUCCACCGACCUCUUCCACUGGGGUUUCGAGGACCCAUUUAGUUGUCGCAAGGGGUGGUUGUCCUGGGCCGGCGUGGGCGUCUUGACUGCUGGGCUCGUAGUUUUCGUCACUGCCACCGCCACCACCGCUCUGUCAGGAGGAAUUGACCCGCCCAGAGAGGAAGCAGACGCGUUGGUGCAAGUGCUCCCCAUAAUCGCCGCAUCCCCAUUCAGCACCGGCGCGCUCAUCUUUGUUGCCGGUGUGCUCGCCCCCAUCCUCGAAGAAACCAUCUUCCGGGCCUUCCUUCUCACGUCCCUGACCAAGUGGAUGCCAGUGCCCUUGGCCGUGGCAGGCAGUGCCUGUGCCUUUGCUGCUGCCCACAUGACUCCCAACGAGUUCCCCAAGCUCGCUGCUCUCGGAUUGGUGUUGGGUUUUACUUAUGUGCGCACCCGCAACCUACUCACACCCAUCAUCAUCCAUUCAGUGUGGAACUCAGGGGUCAUCAUCAUUCUCACAUUGCUGCGGAUGGAAGGAUAUGAUAUACAGGAGCUUAUAUAA